AUGGAGCGGGAGCGGUUGAUUCGGAGGGUGUCGGUGCUGCAGGCCUGCAUCCGGGGCUUCUUGGUCCGACGCCAGUUCCAGAGUCUGCGAGAGGAGUAUGAGGCUGUUGUACGAGAAAUCGAGGGUGAUCUGGGCACGCUUCAAUGGACAGAGGGCUGGAUUCCCAGGCCCCAGUUCCUCCCAGAGAAGGCAAAAUCCCAUCGGACCCAGAAACCGCAAGGGAGAGCACCAAAUCCAGAGCAGGAACUGCGGAGCAGCUUCUUAUGUACAGAACCUGAGAAAGAAGCUAUCUUGGGGGAAGUGAUGCUGAAGAAGUCAGGAGAGAGCUCCGCAAACUCGGGGAGCCUUCUCUGCAGAGGUGACAGCCCCUGGCCUCAGGAGGAGCACAGCAGGAAAGCCAGGAAUCCCAGCCAAAGGGAGAUCAGAGAUGCAUCAAGGAUGGAGAACCCAGAAGCUGCGGGUCCAGGACUGCCCCACAGCCAGACUGAGCUCCAGGAGCUCCAGUACCACCACAACCACUUGGCCAUGGAACUGCUGUGGCUACAACAGGCCAUCAAUAGCCGUAAGGAGUACCUAAUUCUCAAACAAACACUGACAUCCCCAGAGACCGGCCAGCCCAGAGACAAGCCCAGCGUGUGCUCAGACCACAGGGCACAGACCUCUGAGAGGGCCAGGUCACAAACAAGCCCGCCACUGAAAAGCCAGUCCUACCGAGACAGGACCGCUAGUGAGCCAGACCAUGUGGAUGACAGUUGGAGGCUCAGAUCCCCACCACACAAGUGCCCAGAAAGACUGGCCACUACAGAUAAAACUGCUGAUGGGGUCAAGUACAGGGACCCAUGUUGCAGGACGGCCGGGCCACAGCUGCUCACACCAUCAGAUAACCAGGCCUUAAGGAACAGGCUCACCAAGGAGCCAGACCAUGGGGAGCAGAUGUUUGGACGGACCUGCCCACAGCUGACGACUGUUCUGGAUGACCACACCCCCAAAGGCCUCAAACCUAGGGGCUACUGUACUGAGCCUGAUUGCCAAAGAGCUAGGCCACAGAAGUUGGAAUUCUCAGAGGACCGUGGCAUCUUGGAGGAGACCUUGGCAGAACGUGGUGGCCAGGGUCUCUGGAAGACUAAACCACCUAAGGUAGCUCCCUAGAGAGAAUUCUCUAGGGACAGAACCUCCAAUGAACCUAGCCACAAGGAAGGGAAAAACCAGAGGACUGUACCAUGGCGAUGAAUGCCGCCUGAGAAACCAU